AUGUUGUCAGAUCUAUUCAUUCUUAUUCUUCAAUUUCCUUCGCCCCUUCUUUGCACUUCCCUUAUUCUUCCUCUUCAUCUUUUUUUCUACUUCCUCUUCUUCUUCAGUGAUAUUGUCCAUUCUCAUUACUUUCUUUUUUUCUUGUCACUUUCAUUCUUUUCAGUCCUUGUCUUCUACAUUCAUCUCCUUGAUUCUCUCUUCUUCUUUAUCAUUUUCUUCUUCUUUUUUACCUCGAUAUUCUUUUUUAUUUACAUUCUUCAUUUGCACCAUUCAAUGGAAUUCUUUUCUUUUUCUUACCAAGAAAGCUUUUGUCAUUUAUUCUUUUUAAUUCUUCUCCUGUUUCGUCCCGUUUACUCUUUAAAUUUUCUUCGUCUUCUUCUUUUUCUUCUUCUUUCUUUCUUUAUUUAUUUCUGCUUCUUUCUUUCUUUCUUUCUUUCUUUAUACAUUUAUCGUUUUAUUUCUUUUCCUUUCUUUCUUUAUUUCUUCUUUCUUUUUUCUUUUUUAUUUCUUCUUCUUCUUUAUUUAUUUAUUUAUUCUUUCUUUCUUUCUUCUUCUUUCUUUCUUUCUUUAUUUCUUCUUCUUUCUUUCUUUCUUUAUUUCUUCUUCUUUCUUUCUUUAUCCAUUUAUCGCUUUAUUUCUUUUCCUUUCUUUCUUUGUUUCUUCUUCUUUCUUUCUUCUUCUUUCUUUAUUUCUUUAUUUCUUCUUCUUUCUUUCUUUAUUUAUUUUCUUCUUCUUCAUCAUCUUCUUGUCAUCUUAUCAAUUUUUCGUGUUCUCAGUUUUUGUUGA